AUGAAAGGCAUCCUCCUUACCUGUAUCAUCGCGGCACUUGUGGUAACAGCUGUAGAAUCCCUGAGUUGUGUGCAGUGUAAUUCAUUGACAAACUCCUGUGUCAACAGCAGCAUCACUGGGUGUCCCUCAAGUGCCAAUGUCAGCUGUACCAGUUUCUUGGCCAACUCUUCUCUAGCGGCAGCCAUUGCAUUAUAUCAGGAUAAGGCCUGCUCUGCAGAGAACUGCAGGGAAGGAAGAGACAUGGUUGAAGCUUUCACUGUCCACGUGUCUGGUGAAGAACGUUUUCACUUUACAAGCCAGUGUUGCCAAGGGAAGGAGUGUAAUGACACCAGUGAUGCUCUAGCUCCUCUACAGGAAGAUGUGUCCAACAACACAGAGUGUCUUGCAUGUUAUGGAUCUAAUGAAACUUCCUGUAGUGUGAAAUCCAGGAAAUGUUAUAAAGAAGAACGGUGUGUUAGUCUAGUUGCAGAAUUUAAGACUGAGUCUAAGAUGCUUGUGCUGAAAGGCUGUUCCAACAUCAGUAACUCUACCUGUCAGUUCCUAUCUUCUGAGAACCGGACAAUUGGAGGAGUCAUCUUCCGAAAGUUUGAGUGUGUAGACAGUGCCAACACCUCCUCAACCGCCAUUCCCAAUGCAACCUUGACCACUCCUCCUGUUGGCAGCUCCUCAAUACCCAUCUCCAAUGAGCCCACCACCCCAGAUAUGGGGUCCAAAGUCUCUUUCACCCCUGCAGCCUUUGCCAGCCUCCUUCUGCUGAGGCUGCUACUCUGAGAUUCAACUGCCGCCCUCAAAUGCCUCACCCUUCCCCUGUUAACUGCUCAGUAAAUAGCAGUCACAGCCUUCCAUGCAAAGCCCUGUGACAGCCACAUUUUUCUCCAUUAUUAAAGCACUGGUUCACUGGCUGGCCAAAUCUGUCCUGAUGUGCUCUGGGAUGGGCUUCCUUUCAGCUGCCCAGUUUCUUGCAUUUGAAACCUGUGCACCUUAGUGUGUGGGCUCCCAGGACCUCCCUAAUCUGCUCAUCUUGCUUCUGAGAAACAGACCCUUUCACCUUAUUGGCAUUUUCUGCCUAAAGCCCUGCACUUCUGGGGACUGACAUGCCACCAUCCCCACCUGCACACAG